GUUUAAAAUUAUCUUGGCAUAUUGCAUUUGGGCUUUGGACAGAUGCCCAAAAAGCUUCCAUGGGCCUCGGCUCCUUUGCCCCGCCAACUUGAAGGCCGGCCCAAGUCCAUUCGGUGCAGCGAGGGAGAGACGGGUAACAACAACUAACAACUAACUACCCAGUUCACCAAUCGGAGAAGAGUUGGAUUCGGCGGAAAAUGGCGGCUCCGUCUUCAGUUAAGCCCGGCGGCGACGCGCAGCUCUUCCAGGUCCUCCACGGCCUCCAGCACCUCGCUGAAACUCGCCGCUUCAAGGCAUGGUUCCUGGAUCAAUUCGGUGUUCUUCACGAUGGGAAGCAGCCUUAUCCUGGUGCUAUUGCUACUUUGAACAAGUUGGCAACGACGGGUGCGAAAAUGGUGAUCAUAAGCAACUCCUCACGUCGUGCGUCGGUUACUAUGGACAAGAUGAAGGCACUGGGAUUCGACACAUCUCUAUUCGCUGGAGCCAUCACUAGUGGAGAGUUGACAUAUCAACACCUGCAAAGGAGAGAUGAUGGUUGGUUUGCAGCCCUAGGAAAGUCAUGCAUUCAUAUCACCUGGAGUGACCGUGGAGCCAUAUCUCUCGAGGGCCUAGGAUUGCAGGUUGUGGACAGUGCCGAAGAAGCUGAGUUUGUCUUAGCACAUGGCACUGAAGCCUUGGGGAGUUCUUCUGGAGCCACUUCUCCUGCAACUCUCGAGGAGCUUGAGAAAAUGUUGGAGCACUGUGCUGCUCGAAAACUACCAAUGGUAGUAGCAAAUCCAGAUUUUGUAACGGUUGAAGCAAGGGCCCUCCGGGUGAUGCCUGGUAGGCUAAAAUUUCAUCAAGGUACAUUGGCUGCCAAGUAUGAGAAGCUUGGAGGAGAGGUGAAGUGGAUGGGAAAGCCAGAUAAGAUAAUUUACCAGUCAGCGAUGGACAUGGCUGGAAUUUGUGCAUCCGAAUCGAUCGCAGUAGGGGAUUCUCUUCACCAUGACAUCAGGGGAGCCAAUGCAGCUGGGAUCCAGUCAGUUUUCGUGACUGGAGGGAUUCAUGCCUCUGAACUGGGUCUCGGAGCAUUUGACGAUGUGGCAGAUCUAUCAUCUGUGAAAGCCCUUGCGUCGAAGUACGACGCUUACCCUUCCUACGUCUUGCCAGCAUUUGCAUGGUAAAUGCAGGAUCAUGUCAGUCGUCUCGAAAGAUCAAGGGCGCCGUGCUCGAUGUUCAUGUUAUUUGUGCCCCCUUGCACGUUAUCAUGUAAGGUGUACUAGACAAACAACUUUUGAUCCAUCACAUUUAUACGGUAACAUGUGCUAGGUGAAAUGAAAACAAAAGAGAAAGUAAUACAGUAUGAGACAGUUCUAUGGAAUGAAUUCUCUAGUAUAUUUACACUGCAAUAUGAUAUAAUGAGAUUGUAUGCAUAAUAUCAAUGCUCGCCGUAACGUCGCCGGCGGGCAAGCUCAGGGAAUAGACUCAAUUCUG